AUGGACGCCCCUGAAGAAGACGUCGACAUCAAACUACAGAAAAUAUCGGGCGAUCUGAUUGCCGAUUUUGACAGGUCGCUGCAGCCGUUCCUCAGGAAGCGAGAUGUUGCGGGCGGCACGCCGGUCCGGUCACGGGUCCGUACUCGUGAAACCGAUCGGCUGGUCUCGACGCUGGACCCCUUCCAAGAAUUACCGCAGCUUCUUGAUCCGCAUCUGCCAAAAUGGCUGCCCACAUUGGGCGACGCCUUCUUGGAGUAUCACCUGGCACGCCGCCACGCCAAGGUGCCGUCGACCCGCUCUGAGCUGCUGAUGCUGCUGCCCAGGGCCAUAUGCAAGCUCAUCUACACCUUCUGCAAAAUCCGCGGCGAAAAGGUCGUCGUACGCUUCCUCAGCAACGAGGCCAAGUAUCUCGAACUUUUGCUGUCGGCGCUGGAGGACUCCGAGGGCGCCGACCAGCCUACCCAAUGGACCUGGGAGGAGAGAUAUGUCGUGCUGCUAUGGCUGUCGCAUCUCAUGCUCGCGCCGUUUGAUCUCUCGACAAUUUCGUCGCAGGAAGUUGAGGACGACGAGCUCGCCCGUAUCCCCGGCUUUCACUGGCCUGUGGGGCUUCCCAGCAUCACCACGCGGAUCCUGCCACUGGCCAUCAAGUACCUGGCGUUGCCGGGGAAAGAGCGAGAUGCCUCCAAAGCGCUGCUGGUAAGGAUAUCGAUGCGCCGCGACAUGCAACAGCUGGGGGUGCUGGACGCGCUGGUAAAGUGGGCGCUUUCUGCUCUCCAGCCCUGCGAGGACGAAACGGAACGGACGCCAUAUCACUACAUCGGCGUGCUCGCGUUUCUGUCAGGCGCCCUGGCUUCAUCAGCUGACACCUCGGACAUGGACCGCCACUUGAUGACCAUUUUUCACGCCGUGCACGGCAUAACCUCGGAAGGGGGCCAGGCUGCGCUGUCAUCGGCUUUGGCCCGGAAGACAAUGAUCAAAGUCAUCCGAGCCAUCGCCGUGCUAGUCCUAAGAAGUCCGGAGCAGGACAUGGCUAGUAUGGAGAUGAUUGAGGCCACAAUUGGCUUCCUGCUCGAGAGCCUGGCAGAUAACGAUACUCCGGUCCGAUUCGCGGCCAGCAAAGCCCUCAGCAUCAUCACUCUCAAGUUGGACCCAGACAUGGCCUCUCAGGUUGUGGAAGCCGUGCUCGAAGCUCUGAACCGGAAUGUCUUGCAUACCAAAGACGCCCUAGACCCCACGGCGCCGUCAAAGAAGGACUUGAGCGGGGUCGACCCCUUGGAGUGGCAUGGCUUGAUGCUCACGCUUUCGCAUCUGCUAUACCGCCGGUCACCGCCCGCGGAUAAUCUGGCCAAUAUCGUGCACGCGUUGCUCAUGGGGCUUUCCUUCGAGAGGCGCAACACUUCUGGAGGCUCCAUCGGAACAAACGUCAGGGACGCGGCUUGCUUCGGUAUCUGGGCCCUUGCACGACGCUAUACAACGUCCGAGUUGCUUGCCGUGCCAACCGCAUCGAUUCCUAGUCCCACCUCAGGGGCAUCGAUCCUACAGAUCCUCGGCACAGAGCUUGUCGCAGCCGCUUGCCUUGACCCGGCGGGGAAUAUCAGGCGCGGGUCUUCGGCAGCUCUGCAGGAGCUGAUUGGCCGCCACCCAGAUACUGUCGAGAAAGGGAUCUGGGUCGUCCAGACGGUCGACUACCACGCCGUGGCUUUGAGAUCUCGAGCGCUCCAGCACGUCGCACUGAGCGUGACUAAGUUGUCGAGCCGAUAUGGAGAAGCCAUUUUGGAUGCCCUCCUCGGAUGGAGAGGAAUUGGCGAUGUCGACGUAGCCUCGAGAAGGGCUGCCGGAACCUCAUACGGCACCAUCACAGCGGAAUUAGCCUCGACAGCCCAGGAACCCCUCCAACGUCUGACACAAUCUGUGUCCCUGGUGCUGGGCCAAAUCAAAACACUGGAAGCUCGGCAGGUUGAGGAGAGACAUGGUCUUCUCCUCUGCUUCGCCGCCGUUCUUGAUGCCCUUCCGGCAGUUUGCAAAGAGCAUGCAAGCGCUGCGCUAGACGAGUUUAUCUACAUUGCGAUGGACGCACUACUAGAACUCCUUCGAGAUUGCGAUACGAAGACCUACCGCAAGCCGGAGCUCAUCGCUGAGGCUGCGAGCCGCCUUAUUGUAUCGUCAUUCCCUGUGCUUCAGGCAGUAGCAUCGGCCCCUCCUACUGCUCUGCUGCCUGGGUCCUCGGUAACGGCUCAAAGCACCUACAUGGCUCACGUUCUAGAGUCGGUAGCGGUGAGACCCGACAAGCUGUGCAAAUUUGUCGACCUCGCCAAGUCCAACUUGCAAAAGUCGCUUGUUCGGCAGGAGCAGGACCUAAUAUCUGCAGCGUCCGAGGCAGCAGUGAUCCUUCUGGUACUCUGCAACCGAGAGGAGCGUGAAGAAAUCGUCCAGGCAUGGGCAGACGCUGUCCGGCACCGUCCAGCAUCCAAGACUGGGACAGCGACGGGCCACUUCUCGGCGCUUGCUACCUCGUAUCCGGUCAUCUCCGCAUCAGAGGCACACAAGACGUUGAUCUGCAACUCGAUUACGGACCGCUGGACAAACGACAAAGACAUCGAAACCCAUACCUCGAUCCUCCAGAGCCUAGCGGGGAGCGACCUUCUCAAGCAAAACACUGAGGUCUUCCUGAGUUUAGUAGUCGAGGGUCUCAACGACUACUACACAAACGCUCGAGGCGACGUUGGAUCUCACGUCCGGCUGCAAGCUAUCCGGGUAACAAAGUCACUGUGGGACAAGCUGGACGGUCCGGGCACAAAAAUGCUAAUUUCGCAGCUGUUUUUGCCCAUUCUUCGGCUGGCGGCCGAGAAACUCGACCGAGUGCGGGUGGAGGCGCAGGCAGCGCUGGCUCUGGUCCUGAAGCCAAGUCACUCGAGCGAGCUCCGCAGGUCGACAUUCUCAUCCAAAUCGUACUUUCUCAUUCUGCUCGACCUGCUCCAGCAGGACUGGCUACAGCCUGUCGUGUCCGAAGCAGUAAAAGCCGACACGGAAAAGUGGAUGGAGAGCCUCUUGGCCGGCUUAGUCUCGUCUGCUGACACGGGAAACGAAGAUCUGGUUAUCGCAACGCGGGCAGCGCUGUGCGAGUUUUGUGAGCGAUCAGACGCAAACACAGACGCUGUCUGCGGUGCACUUGUCAGGAAUCUCAAGAGCUGGCAGGGAGUCGACCGGGUACUUGUUCCGACGCUAGAAGUUGUGGCAUUUUUAUUCCACGCUUCCAUCUUCCGGCGGUGCCGUACUGUCAACUACAAGAGCCUCUGUCUCCUAGUCCAGAAGUCGUGCUAUAAGAGCGGCAACGCCCGCAAAAUCGAGGCAUGCAUCAGGGUGUAUGGGGCGAUCGCAGAACUGGGCAGGGACGCCGUGGCCGCAACUGGAAGCCCCAGGAACAGCAGUGAUCUUCUGGCAACGCAGGCUAGCGCCCGGGAGGCGCGCACCAGGCUUGCUGCCCUCAUGUUCCACCCCUGGCCGCGAGUCAAGAGCAUGGUCGUCGACGAACUGUGGGUUUUGCAUUACGAGGAUUCGGCUGCUAAUGCACUCAAAGGCGUCGACUGGGGAAGCGCGCCAAAGGAGAAGAUCAAAUCCGUCGUGGAAUCUCUUGGGUUGGCUGGUUAA